AUGAAGGAGAUGGUAGGAGGCUGCUGCGUAUGUUCGGACGAGAGGGGCUGGGCCGAGAACCCGCUGGUCUACUGUGAUGGGCACGCGUGCAGCGUGGCUGUCCACCAAGCUUGCUAUGGCAUCGUCCAGGUGCCAACAGGACCCUGGUUCUGCCGGAAAUGUGAAUCUCAGGAGCGAGCAGCCAGGGUGAGGUGUGAGCUGUGCCCACACAAAGACGGGGCAUUGAAGAGGACGGACAAUGGAGGCUGGGCCCACGUGGUGUGUGCCCUCUACAUCCCUGAGGUGCAGUUUGCUAACGUGCUCACCAUGGAACCCAUCGUGCUGCAGUACGUGCCUCAUGAUCGCUUCAACAAGACAUGUUACAUCUGUGAAGAGCAGGGCCGGGAGAGCAAGGCGGCUUCAGGAGCCUGCAUGACCUGUAACCGCCAUGGAUGUCGACAAGCUUUCCAUGUCACCUGUGCCCAAAUGGCAGGCCUGCUGUGUGAGGAAGAAGUGCUGGAGGUUGACAAUGUCAAGUACUGUGGCUAUUGCAAAUACCACUUCAGCAAGAUGAAGACAUCCCGGCACUCCAGCGGGGGCGGGGGCAGCAGCGGAGGAGCAGGAGGAGGAGGGGGUGGUGCAGGGGGAGGCAGCAGCAGCUUUAUUGCUGGCCGGAGGAGCAGGUCGGCCUCCCCAUCCGCCCAGCAGGAGAAGCACCCUUCCCACCACGAGAGGGGCCAGAAGAAGAGCCGAAAGGACAAAGAACGCCUUAAACAGAAGCACAAGAAGCGGCCUGAGUCACCCAGCAUCCUCACCCCACCUGUGGUCCCCGCUGCUGACAAGGUCUCCUCCUCGGCUUCCUCCUCCUCCCACCACGAGGCCAGCACUCAAGAGACUUCUGAAGGCAGCAGGGACUCCAAGGGGAAAAAGUCUUCCAGCCAUAGCCUGAGUCACAAGGGGAAGAAGCUGAGCAGUGGGAAAGGUGUGAGCUGCUUCACCUCUGCCUCCUCCUCUUCUUCCUCUUCCUCUUCCUCCUCGUCUGGAGGACCCUUCCAGCCUGCAGUUUCGUCCCUGCAGAGCUCCCCUGACUUCUCCGCAUUCCCCAAGCUGGAGCAGCCAGAAGAAGACAAGUACUCCAAGCCCACUGCACCCCCCCCUUCAGCCCCUCCCUCUCCCUCAGCCCCCGAGCCCCCCAAGGCUGACCUCUUUGAACAGAAGGUGGUCUUCUCUGGCUUCGGGCCCAUCAUGCGCUUCUCCACCACCACUUCCAGCUCAGGCCGGGCCCGGGCCCCAUCCCCUGGGGACUAUAAGUCUCCCCAUGUCUCGGGUUCCGGGGCCUCUGCAGGCACUCACAAGCGGAUGCCCACACUGAGUGCCACCCCUGUGCCUGCUGAGGAGACCCCUGAGACAGGCCUGAAGGAGAAGAAGCACAAAGCCAGCAAGAGGAGCCGACACGGGCCAGGCCGUCCCAAGGGCAGCCGCAACAAGGAGGGCACUGGGGGCCCAGCCCUUCCCUCCCUGCCCGGUGCCCAGCUGGCUGGCUUCACCGCCACUGCUGCCUCACCCUUCUCUGGAGGUUCCCUUGUCAGCUCUGGUCUGGGUGGUCUGGCUUCCCGUACCUUUGGGCCUUCCGGGAGCCUGCCCAGCCUGAGCCUGGAGUCCCCCCUGCUGGGGGCAGGCAUCUACACCAGUAAUAAGGACCCCAUCUCUCACGGUGGUGGAAUGCUGCGGGCUGUCUGCAGCACCCCCCUCUCCUCCAGCCUCCUGGGGCCCCCGGGGACCUCGGCCCUGCCCCGCCUCAGUCGCUCCCCAUUCACCAGCACCCUCCCUUCCUCCUCUGCUUCUAUCUCCACCACUCAGGUGUUUUCUCUGGCUGGCUCUACCUUUAGCCUCCCUUCUACCCACAUCUUUGGAACCCCCAUGGGUGCCGUUAACCCCCUCCUCACCCAAGCCGAAAGCAGCCACACAGAGCCAGACCUGGAGGACUGCAGCUUCCGAUGUCGGGGGACCUCACCCCAGGAGAGUCUGUCUUCCAUGUCCCCCAUCAGCAGCCUCCCGACACUCUUCGACCAGACGGCGUCCGCACCCUGCGGGGGCGGCCAGUUAGACCCAGCGGCCCCCGGAACGACUAACAUGGAGCAGCUGCUGGAGAAGCAGGGCGACGGCGAGGCCGGCGUCAACAUCGUGGAGAUGCUGAAGGCGCUGCACGCGCUGCAGAAGGAAAACCAGCGGCUUCAGGAGCAGAUCCUGAGCCUUACGGCCAAGAAGGAGCGACUGCAGAUUCUCAACGUGCAACUCUCUGUGCCCUUCGCCGCCCUGCCUGCCGCUCUGCCUGCCACCAACGGCCCUGUCCCUGGGCCCUAUGGCCUGCCUCCCCAAGCCGGCAGCAGCGAUUCCUUGAGCACCAGCAAAAGCCCUCCGGGGAAGAACAGUCUGGGCCUGGACAACUCGCUGUCCACGUCUUCCGAGGACCCACACUCAGGCUGCCCGAGCCGCAGCAGCUCGUCGCUGUCCUUCCACAGCACGCCCCCACCGCUGCCCCUGCUCCAGCAGAGCCCUGCUACUCUGCCCCUGGCCCUCCCUGGGGGCCCUGCCCCGCUCCCGCCUCAGCCACAGAAUGGGCUAGGCCGGGCACCCGGGGCAGCGGGGCUGGGGGCCAUGCCCAUGGCUGAGGGGCUGCUGGGGGGGCUGGCGGGCAGCGGGGCCCUGCCGCUCAAUGGGCUCCUGGGGGGGUUGAAUGGGGCUGCCGCCCCCAACCCUGCAGGCUUGAGCCAGGCUGGCGGCGCCCCCACGCUACAGCUGCCAGGUUGUCUCAACAGCCUCACCGAGCAGCAGCGACACCUCCUGCAGCAGCAGGAACAGCAGCUCCAGCAGCUCCAGCAGCUCCUGGCCUCCCCACAGCUGACCCCGGAACACCAGACUGUUGUCUACCAGAUGAUCCAGCAGAUCCAGCAGAAGCGGGAGCUGCAGCGGCUGCAGAUGGCCGGGGGCUCCCAGCUGCCCAUGGCCAGCCUGCUGGCCGGAAGCUCCACCCCGCUGUUGUCUGCGGGCACCCCUGGCCUGCUGCCCACAGCAUCUGCCCCACCUCUGCUGCCCGCCGGAGCCCUGGUGGCGCCCUCACUCGGCAACAACACAAGUCUCAUGGCCGCAGCAGCUGCAGCCGCAGCAGUAGCAGCAGCAGGCGGGCCUCCAGUUCUCACUGCCCAAACUAACCCUUUCCUCAGCCUGUCAGGGGCAGACGGCAGUGCCAGUGGCCCCAAAGGAGGGACUGCUGACAAAGGAGCCUCAGCCAACCAGGAAAAAGGCUAA